AUGCCUCCCAACAAACUCAGGGCUCUGCCCACCGAACACGUACAUCAACUCGCUCAUCUACUCCAAACCCAACCGCAUGAACGUGGCCUCCAAUACGGCGAGCGCGUAACGAACACGAUCGCACGCCUCCCUUCCGAACUAAAACACCGAUCCCGCCUCUCAAAUCUCCUAUCCAUGAACGUGCCUUCCCCAGCUGUUGAAUCUAGGCUCUGCCUGCUCCACAAACCUCUCUCUACCUCUCUGAUCCACGAUAUCUUUACUUUACUCUCCCUCGAAGUCGGUCACCACUGCAACUCCAUGACUCAGCACAACACAUUGCUCUCCACCCACCAGAACGCGGCAAUCCAGCAACUGCGUGAGCUACAUAGCCUGUGGCUGCCGGAGCAGACCUACAGACAGACAUUCUUGGCGUCGCCGAAUCCCAGAUGGUCGCACCAGAAGUCUGGGUGCGAGGGAUGCAUCCUCACGCGAAUUGGGAGUGAUUUGCAGAUUAUCGCGUCGCUGAGGGCUCUGCUGUUGAGUCGAAGGCAGACGGUAAAGAAGCGGAAGAGCCCGCCAACGUUGUUGAAGUUCGUAGAUGGAUGGGUGGUGGGGCUGUGUGGGAAGGGAGAGAGGGCGAGAGAAAUCAUGCAGGGAAGUGAGAUGGAGGGUGAAGAGUUAAAGAUUGUCAGAAAGAGAAUCUGGAGCGAGAAGAGGGACAAGAAGACACGGACAAAAGGGAAGGGAGUUGACGUUGAGAGUGUGGAGGGAAUCGAGGGUGCAAAGGAGAACGGAAAGGGAGAAGACGAGUUGGGACAGGAGGCUUACGACUCUGACUUCGAACAAGAAAUCAUCAAUCAUUACGCUGCGCUGAGGUCCACUCUCCGCGCCCCUGCGCUUCAACCGUCGCCUGCCCAAACCCCCUCGCUCACGACGGACAAUUCGGCGAAUACUCUGAGCUCCCGCAUUGACAUCGAAACACCACCUUCCGAUUGUUUGACCCGUCCUCAACCCUCAUCGGUAUAUUCGAUCCGUCAGUCAUGCCAAACAUCAUCGUACGAGCCACCGCGGAGAGGCAAGGCAUGGCAAGGACAACCCACGGCUUCCAAGCAGGCAAAUGAGUACCGCGAUCUGCUCAGCUCUCCCGCCGGAGAGCCUAUUCUGCCGCGAUCGAAAUCGGUCAAGGAAGACAAAAGCCGCCAAGCAGAAGAUCACCGCAGCCCGCUAAAUGUCCAUCCUGAGGUGACGUUGCCGAGAUCGAAAUCCGUAAGAGAAGACAAGAGCCGUCCAGUGAAGGAGUAUCGCACUCCGCUAGAGCCCACUCCCAAAGCGCCUUUGCCCAUACCAAAAUGGGUUAAGAAUGAGAGCACACAGUGGGAGACGAGAGAUUAUCACACAGCGAUGACACCUCCACCGAUUCCCAAAGAGCCUGUGCCGGCAAAUAAAUCGGCUAAGAAGGCGGAGGGGAAGCGGCAGACCACUUGGUCGCAAUUCUCCUCGUCUCCUGAAUAUGAUCUGAAAUUUGCGGCUAGGCGUGCUCGAAAAGCUAGUGCUCAAUCGUCAAGACUUCGAGUCCGGCUAGCCAUCGCCAAGAUCCGGAGAAAAGCACGAGAGAUUGAGUUCACCGCCCUCAACAAGAACCUCCUAGAGCUUACUCGCUGGCGCAGGAAGCGUCGAGCCGCUAGAGCGCAAGCAAUAAAGAAAGGCUGGUUGCCUUUCCUCUCCCGAAGUGCUCGAUUCGGAAAACCCUAG